AUGCUGACCGCUAUCCUAACCUGUUCCCUUGUGACCGCCCUCUUAGCGGAGAUUGAGAAGGACCGGGAGGCCAAGAAGAAGCGCCAAGAGGAGCAGAAGUCAAAUCAACAUCAGAAAAAGGAGGCAAAGAAGUCGGAGGACAGCGACGACAGCGAUGCGGAGAGCGACCGUUCCGAGUCGCCCGGCCCGCCAGACCCGCGAACGUGCACGGUUUCCGGACCGGGCUUUGCGGGUGGUGCAUCAGGCGCCCCCGUGAACCUCAUAAUCACUUGCAAGGAUGAAGACGGAAAACGGUGUACCGAGGGAGGAGAUGAUGUGGUGGUUAAGGUGGUGCCAGCGGCAGGUGCCAGCGGAGGCUCAGUACAGUACAUCGACGUUCAUAUUGAAGACAAAGACAACGGCAUGUAUGUCGCUACGUACACUGCACCAUCCAAAGGGACGUACAACGUGACUGUGGAGAUAAAUGGGCGCCCGCUUGAGGGCUCACCGUUCCCGGUUUUCUUCGGACCCCCAGCUGACCCUGCGACAGCGUCCGCAGCUGCGGCAACUGGGGCGGCCGCUGGGCCCUCGGCCAUGACAUCUGCGAUAGCCGCCGGCACAGCAGCCUUGGCCAAUGCGGGCCUUGGCGCGGCUGCCGGUUCCCUUCCCGUGCAGCCGGCUGCUCUGCCUAGCCUGGCAGGGGCAUUGCCGUUACAGGGGCUUCCGGGAAACUUUGGGGCAGGCCUUGGUGGGCUUGCGACGCUUCCAACCCUACCCAACGCACAGCCAGGCGGUAUCAACCCCGCUACGGCUGCAGCCGUAGCCGCUUCACUAUCGACACAAGCGACGCUAGCAGCAGCUGGGCUUUUAACAGGCGGCACGGCCAGUGUACCUGGUCUCCCAGGUGGCCUUGGCGCUGCCACGAACCCGUUGGUCGCGGCGGCAUUUCCCCAGCUGGCAUCGGUGGCACCUGUGGUUGAUCCUCAGGCGCGUACUCUGCUGGUUUCGAACAUCACAUCCAAGGUCACGCCAGAACAGCUAAAGCAAUUGUUCGCUGUCCUAGGCAGCGUGCAGCACCUGCAGAUGUUGGGCACGGACAUGGCCAUGAUUGAGAUGACCACGCUCCAGGACGCACAGUCCGCGCUGGCACUUCACGGUCACCAGCUGGGUGACAAGGCACUCAGCGUCCAGUUUCUGUCAGUAGCGCAGGAAGCGAUGGCGUCCAAUCCUCUCAUGGCGCUAAAGCUGCAGCAAAUCCAGCAAAUGCAGCAGACAAUGAAGAGUGGAGCCGCGCUGGCGGCACAGGUCGCACAGCUCCGCGCCAUGGCCAAGUAUGGAGUGACCUCCCUGGACCCCUCAAAAGAGGCUGAGGAGGCGGCGGCACGUCUUGCGAGGCGCUUGGGCGGCCGCAGCCGUAGCCGAUCUCGCGAUCGCCGGCCAAGGUCGAGGUCAUGGUCCCGCGAUCGACGCGAUCGCAGGGAUGACCGGUCCCGGUCGCGGGACCGGCGGCGCCGGAGCUCUCGCAGCCGAGAGCGCAGCCGGGAGAGGCAGCGAGAACGCGAGCGGGAACGAGAACGGGAGCGGGAACGGGAGCGCGAGAGGGAGCGUGAGCGGGAGAGGAGGGAGCGGGAACGGGAGAGGCAACGCCGCGAGCGUGAGCGACAAGAGCAGCGGGAAAGGGAACGUGAGCGGGAGCGCGAACGGGAGCGGGAGCGGCGCAGGGCGGACAGUCGGGAGCGCCGUCGCAGUCGAAGCAGGUCCCGCAGCCGCGACCGGCGUAUCAGGGACAAUGAGCGAGGGCGCAAUCGUGAUAACGGCCGCAACGUCAGCCGGAGUCGAAGUCGCGGUCGCGACCGCAGUCGGGAUCGCAAACCGCCAGUGCAGGACCGCAGUAAAAGUCGGAACCGGAGCCGCAGCCGCAGCCGAGACCGCAGCCGGGACAGACGCGGACGUGACAAGGAUUCGACUGCUGCAGCUAACGGUGACGGCCGAAUGGACGGCAAGGAAAAGAAGUCGAAACACCAUAAGCGCGACAAGAAGGAAAAGAAGGACAAGGAGCGCAGGCGUGACCGCCGGGAUGCGGAUGAGGCAGAGGAGGACGCGGAGGCGCCGGUGGAGGCGGCACGCUGUGCAGGAGACGAGGCAGGUCCCAGCGGGGCCAAAGCAGAGGGUGACGUUGACGAGAAGAUGUCAUCACCAGCACGGGAGUCAGAGGGCGCGGUUGGUGAAGACAAGGACCGUGAGGUUUCCAAAAGCCAUGACUCCAGGGAUGUUGGGGCUGGUUCACCUAUGGCAGAAACCCGUGCUUCACCCGUGGCAACUUCGGCCGAGGACAAGAUGGACGAGCAUUGAACCGGGAGAGGAAUGUAUGACAUUUAUUACGGUUACAAUGGCAAACUUGACGUCAGAAUUUAAUUUUGGUAUAAGCAGCUUCCGAUGCUCAUUGGUGUCGGCGAAAGGGGAGCGUGCGGCAUGAAAGGGUGCCGAGGCACUUCGUGUGUCAGUUGGGUCAGCUGUGCGUAACCUCCGAGUGGCUGUUCCAAUGAAAGGAUGAAGUUGUAAGCUUGGCUGCAAGCACUCGAAACUUACACGCUAUGGAUGGGAGGAAGGCAUGCACACUUAUCCGUACUUACAGCGAAGAACGGGUAUUACGAUGCGUUUAAAUCUAAAUCGGAUGUGUAACGUGAAAAUAUUUUG